ACUUAUCGUCAACCCCACUCUAUUGCCUCACUCAUUCUCACAACCUCUUCUUUUCUUCACUCUUUUCACUCACAUGCCAUCCAAUUUUCUAGAGCUACAAGACACAACAGGAAUAAUGGUGAGGGGAAGGUUCGUCACAAAACUAAAACUCCUCCCAACCAUAACCAACUUGAAGAAACAAGGCCUUCUUCUUCAAAAAAGGUUUCCAACCCCAUAUCAUGACUACAAAGAAAACAACCUAUCUCACCUGGUGCUUGAUGAUGAUGGUAAUCAUUUCGGGGAGGAAGAAGCCACCGUAGGGUCCAAAGAAAUCACAAAACCUUCCGAACAAAAGUUAUCAGUGCCUGCUAUGGCAUCAUGCAACAAUGGAUACCCAUCUCUCAGUGAUUUCAAAGAGUUAUGUCCACCAGGGGGGAACCACUCCAUCAUUCUCUACACAACAAGCCUGAGAGGGAUAAGGAAAACGUUUCAUGACUGUAACACGAUCCGUUUCUUGUUGAGGAGCUUCAAAAUAAUGUACCAUGAGAGGGAUGUGUCUCUGCACUUGGAGUUCAGAGAGGAGUUGUGGAAAAUCUUGGGAGGGAAAGUCAUCCCUCCCAAGCUUUUCAUCAAGGGAAGGUACAUUGGAGGAGCCGAUGAAGUGGUUGGGUUGCACGAGACGGGGUGGCUUGGGAAGUUUCUAGAAGGAACACCAACUCACUCCAGUGAUUCUCCUUGCACCGGCUGCGCCAACAUGGGAUUCGCCAUUUGUUCCAACUGUUGUGGAAGUUGCAAAGUGUUCAGUUGCGACAGGGACAACAACAACAACCAUGAAUGUUUCGUUAGAUGUCCUGAUUGUAACGAGAAUGGCCUUGUCAAAUGCCCCGUUUGCUGCUAGAGAUUUAUCCAACCUUUUGGUGCGUUUGUUUUCAUUUUUCAGUUCAUAUGUUAUGAUUACAAAAACAUCGUUUCUAUUUUCACUCUAUUUUUGUUUUCAAAAAUUUGUUAAGGAAAAAGGUGGCAACAAAUUUAGCUCGGUUGUUCUCACCGAUUUCUUUAUAGAUUUGUGAAAAUGAGAAGUAGAUGUAAAAAUAAAGAGAUGUUUUAAUAAUUAUUGGCAUCAACUGAAAAUGAAAAGAAAAAACAAACCAAGGUGGCCAAAUAAGUUUUAUAUCAUUCUUCUUGUACUAUAUUAUUGAUAUUUUUUGCUCUUUAACCUUGUCUAUCUGGUUCCUUAGAAAUGGACAUUCUAUGCAACUCGUACUAUCAGAUGUAGAAACUGUAAUACAAGCUCAUGUUGUGUAGUGUGACAGGUAAACAUGUCACUCGGUUAUUAAUAGGUUGUACAGUGAUUUUGAAUGAAUGGAAAAUUUGAGUAUCGUGUUUUCAUAACAA